CCAAACCCAAACUUCACAGAACAAUCCUUCAGCCAAUCUUGAAGGAAGAUAUAUGACGAUGAACAUGAACUGGUCGGGAGGCGACUGGAUGUGCGGCGUGUGCGAGCACGUGAACUUCAAGAAGAGAGAAGCCUGCCAAAGAUGUGGGUACCCAAAAUAUGGUGGCCCUGAUCCCACAACAUAUGAAUACCAUAAAACAGAUCAUCAAGCUCUCUUGGCUGGAGAUUGGUACUGCAACUGUGGAGCUCACAACUAUGCCAGCAGAUCAAACUGCUACAGAUGCAAUAGUAAUGCGUUUAAGAAUGUGGAUAAUAUUGGUGCCUUGCCUGGAUGGAAAUCUGGGGAUUGGAUUUGCACUAGAAUAGGAUGCGAAAUGCACAAUUAUGCGAGUAGGAUGGAAUGCUACAAAUGCAACACUCCGAGGGAUUUUGGUGGAGCUGUUUGAAACUAAGGAAACUGAUUUUUGAAGAACUCUUGCCCUUGGCAUCUGAUCCCACUCCAAUUUGCUUCCUUUUUUCUGAUCUCUUGUUUUUAAUUUGAGACACUCUGAUUAACAUGGGAAGCAAAUAUAGUUCCAUGAAUUAGAGAUUUUUUUCCCUUUUAUAGUUCAACGACACGUGGGGGUGGGAAUUCGAACCCUUGAUAUUUUAGUGGGAAGAUUUAUGUCUUAACCAACUAGGUUUAUGUUCAAGUUAAUUAGUGAAAAAUUAGAGAUUAUAAGGAGUUUUUAUAGCUCUACAUAUAAAUGUGUGUCGUAUAUUUUUAAAUUAUUCAUGCA